CAGCUGUGUUUGGAGAUCAAUCUUUAUAUCUGUUUAGUAUUCUAGUGAACUUCAGGAUGGCUUGUUUAUCUAGUUCGAACUUCAAGGUUGAGGAGCCUAGCAACCAUUACAACAACUGAAAUUUGCAAUUGUUCAUAUUUUUAUUUUUUGGUAAGAAAUCUGCAGUUUUCUCGGUUGAAGUCAUACUGAAGUUCAAAUCACCUCUUAUGAACUGAAAAACUCGUAGGGACAGAUGGAAUUCAUUUCAUUAAUGUAUCCAUUCCUACCAAGCAGAUUACGAAAAUUACUCAAUUCAUCCACAAUGAUGUCAUCAGAACAAUUAAUUCUAAAAAUCUAAUUGAAAUUAUCAAGAACACAUUCAUAGGAAAAUAACUUCAGUUGAUAAAGAUAACAUAGACAUUUAAUUUUAUAACUACUAUAAUUAUGAGUUCAAUUUGUUAUUAUAAAGUGUUAGGUUUAACUAAAACAGCUACAGAUGAAGAAGUACGUCGUGCAUAUCGUCGUUUAGCGCUUAAAUGGCAUCCAGAUAAAAAUCCAACAAAUUCAGAAGAAGCAGAAAAAAAAUUUAAAGAAAUUAGUGCAGCAUAUGAAGUUUUAUCUGAUCCACAAAAGCGUUCUGUCUAUGAUUGUCAUGGUAAAGAUGGCUUAAAUCGUACUCAUGUAAAAACGUCUAAAUCAUCAAGACCACCUAGUGGACGACGUCGACAUACAGCAUCAGGAACAUUUUUCACAGAUGAUAUAUUUGAUACAAGUGACUUCUUUCCAUUUAAUGAUUUCGGCUUUACAUUUCGAGAUCCUGAAGAAGUGUUCCGUGAAUUUUUCAGUAAACAUGUGGAUAUGAUGAAUGCAUUUAUGGAUACAGCUGGUCUAUUUCGAUCACACAGUCAUUUACAUGAUAUAUUUAAUAAUGACCAUCAUUUCAAUGUAUUACCUAGUCGUCAUUUACAUCAUACAACUAGUUGUAAAUCAACUAAUGAACAUCAACCACGAUUUCAUCAUGUCGAACGUUUACGCAAAACAAGUUUACCACAAAAUGUACCAGUACGUAGUUUAUCUACAAAGACAUCAUAUAGUUUUAACUUUGGUAGUUCUAGUCGUUCUGGUCAUCCACCAGUAAGAAAAGAAACAUUUCGAUCAACUUCAACUAAAAUUGAAAAUGGAAAAUGUGUAACAACACGUAAAAUAGUACAAGAUGGUAUAGAAACAAUUGAAGUAGAAGAAAAUGGUAUAUUAAAAAUGAAAACAAUCAAUGGUCAACCGGUUGCUAUUGCUAGUGGUUAAAAUCAUGUAUAUUUAUUAUUCAUAUAGUGAUAAUAUUCUUUUCUAUAAUAAAAUUCUAAAGUAUUUUCUUUUUUAAAAUAUAAUUUUAAGAAAUGUGUAUACAUAAAUCUGUUUCAUAAUGAUAAAAAUAAUAGUAAUGACCAUUAUUAUUAUUAUUAUUAUUAUUAUUAUUACUGGUAGUAGUCGUAAUAUAAUUUUUAUUGUAUUUUCUUUCUGCAUAUGUAUUUAAAUAAUUUGCUCUAACUAAAGAUACUAUGAAUGUACUAUCCAAUGUUCCAUUCUAACGCUCGAUACAUAUGUUUUAAUUAAGUUUCAAACUAAUCAGUUUACAUUUGUUUUCUACAGAGCUGUUUAGAAACUUUCACAGAUUUCUUUUCUUUUUUUGUUUUGUUUUGGACAAUUCAAUGAAUUGACUACAUGCAAACAAUUUUUGUUUACUAUCUGUAUGUUGUAGCUAACUGUAUUACCAUAUUUUCACAAAUUUAAUAGCUUUUUUCUUUGAGAUGCUUUUCAUCUAUCUUUUGGGUCGUCUUUUUCGCUGUUUUCUCCUUUCUUAAAUGUUUAUAAAAUUCGGAUGUUUUCGAAUACUUAUCUUUUCUUCUCUUUGUGUUAAAUCAUUAUUUUCAGAAUGAAUGUCUUCAAUUAAUAUUGUUACUUAUAUUUUCUAACACCUUUCCUAAAUUAGUUUCGAAUUUUCUUGUUCCUAUCUUUUAUCUGUAUACCCGUGUUUCAUAAAUAGUUUAUCUUCAGUCUACUGUGAUUUAUAUUGUUAUUGAUCUCUUUAUGCUGUAUUUUAUUUGCCUAUUCAUAAAUACAUUUAUGAUCAUCGACUAGUGAUGACAGAUAAAAUAUUUUGGGUGUAAGCUAUGUGGAUAUGUGUAUAGACUUUUUUAAGAUUUUAGUUAACGUCAUAUGUAUGUGUAUGUGCACUGAGUGAUGUUGUUAUUGGCGCUAAUAUACAGAUGCAAACACACUUGAUCAUAAAUAAUGCACAAUAAGGGGAUUAACAUCAAUGAAAUUGCUUUUCCUAAUCAAUUUCAUUUUAUUACUGAGAUUAAAUCAGUGUAAUCAAUACAGAUAUUUGUUUUGCAAUAGCAAAUACUUUUAAAACAGAAAUGUAAAAUACUAUUUUACUGCCAUAUACAGCGCAUCAUUGAAACAGCACACUAAAUAAUACUAUAUAUAUAAAGUGUGUGGUAUAUAGUAGUUGAACAGUGCAAAUAUCUUUUUCCAUGUUUGUAUGUAUACAAAUCUGUGUGCGAACACGUAUUUAUGUGUGUUUGAUGCCUUUUCACUAAGGAAAAUAGUAUUUUAUUACGAAUCAUAAAUAUACAUAUAAUGUUGUAA